AUGCGAAUCGCGUUGGACUCCUCACGAGAGGCGUAUCACCCAGGCGACCUACUCCGGGGACGAGUCAUCCUAGGUCGUCCAGAAGUCGACACCAUUCAGGGGUCAUUAGCAAUCGCCUUCUUGGGUCGGUCAACCAUCUCUCACACGCGCUUCAGCGUCGCGAACUCUGGUGAGAUCGUGCUCUUCCGGUCAGAAUGCUGUCUGUACUCCGGAGAUCGCCCAGCAACAGAGAUGCCACCAGGCGGAUGGCCCUUCAUUUUCGCAUUCCCUAAUGUCACAAUCCCAGCCCCGGAGACCAACUCCGGGAGCACGCUCGCAGAGCGCUUCCCGAGCGACGAUGACGAAUGGGAGGAGGGGAGCGCAUAUCGUCUACCCCCGUCGACCACCUUCGAGUUUCCCGAUGGAGUCGUCACCGGCCACAUCGAGUACCUCCUACGCGCUAUAUGGCGACCCCGACAAGUCCGCGACGGCUGGCCCAAGAUAUCCACCCUCUCGCUGCUGUUCGCUCCUGGCCGUCGCGAGAAGAGUCCCCUACCGCACCUGGUCACCCUGCGUAGCACCCUGGAACUCAGCUACAUCGUGGACGCGGAAGAUCGCUUUCGCCCGGUGUCUUUCUACGACCACGUGCGCCCAGGAGCGCACAUUACAUGCGCCAGCUUUCUCCUCCAGGUAACUAUUGCCGCAACGCGAGUCAUCCAGGGCGCUCGCAUCCCCGUCGAGCUCCUCCUGCGCCUUGCCCCAGACCAACAGCCACAGCAGCGGCACCAGCCGACACCACCAAUCUUCUUGCACUCAUUCACGGCGCACACGGAGGUCAUCACGAGCGUCGCCCGCGAGGAGGGGCGGUACACGUCGGAAAGGACCGUCGUUCUGGGCAUGCGGCGGUUGAACGAGCCGCUCGUGCUGGAUCGGCCUCUGGAUGUCAACCGUUUGCUGGAUUUGGGUACCGGAGUGCUGGGGCCCGACUUUGUGAUUGCAAACGCGAUGCGUCGGCAUAGGCUUUUUCUCUGCAUUGAGUUGUCUUGUCUGGAGAGGUUGCAUUUUUGUCGGUUUGAUGUGCCGCUGGUGGUGCUUGCUUCGUUUUAUGCGGAGAGGCCGCCGGGAGUUGGAGGUGGGUUUUGA